AGGGGUUGUUAUUUACCGUGGCGCUUCCCGACGGUGUGGGGGUUGAUUUUCCGUCUCGUGCGCAUUAUCGGCGUCGGCAGUUCGGCAUUUGUGUUGCGAGAUAGGCGCAUUUCGCGGUGCAUCGGGAUUGCUCCCGUUCUAGGCAACAAAAGAAAAUACCUCAUCACGGAACAAGCAUCAUGCCUAGGAGAGGCAGGCAGGAAGAACCACAGGGUUCUCGAGGGUGUUUCCGUGCAUCACGAUAGUGCGGGCUGGUGAAAUUGGCGAAAAAGCGCGCGCGUGCUUCUGUGUGCUUUUCCCCCUGCUAUAUAGAGCAUCUCCGCUCAUCUACGUGCGAUUGUGCCCGUGGAAAUCGAAACAAUUGUGCAAUUGUGUGUGUUGUGUGUGUGCUGUACUGUGCCUCUCUGAAACGUUCAAGCACAGUCCGAGUACCGAGCGGUAGCAGGACCAGGCAGCUGGUCAUUCGGUUAAUUAUUCACGGCCAAUGCAGUUCCUUGGCUACUACGGUGGCAUUAACAGCGGUGCUCUAAAAUACUGCAAUACGGGUGAGAAGCAAAAAAAGUGAUUUGUGUGGGAAUUUAUAGAGCGUAUAGAAGCGUAAAUACUAGGCGAGAACACGAACAUGCCCGUUGUUGUUGUGGAGACGGAUUUUCGGCAACCACCGCCAGCAGCAGCAUCCCUGCUCGCUUCGCCCAGGACGACGUCUCCGGAUGCCGUCUCGGACGCAGCCUCCAUUGCGAUGAGGGAAGUGUCGGCAGCAUCGAGCAACCAGAAUCGGGAAUCCCCGUUCGAAGGGACGGACAAUUUCGGCGAUAGUACAUUCAUCAAUGGAACCACGUCCGCGUCGAAUGGUUUGUUGCAUUCCUGGAACGGUACCAUGCCGGACAUCUCCAGGUCACCGUCGGUUGGUGAUACGUUCGUGUCUGCGGCAGCAUCUUCCGACCUUCCGUAUCCUUCGUCCUUCUCCGACGACAGUACGGACGAUUCCGAGUCGGGUCCGGAUGAGGAAGUGGUGGACCAAUCGGAAAGGAUUGCGUAUAUCACGACCGCCACCAUUACGCUCAGCGGCGGCAUCAAUUCGAUCGAUCUGGCCGAUGUGACAGGAUCGGGUGGAAAUGCCCCUCCGGCUGCCGGUGCCAAUCGAUUUCGUUCGACCGGUCCCGUACUGGCAGGAGAAAGCACCCUGGACGCGGGCCUACUACAGCAGGGAGCACUUUCACCCGGUCAAGGCCCAUCUUCGUCAUCCGCAACGACGUCCAUUUCGGUGUCGAUCGCUUCGGUUGGCGAUGACUCAACCGAGCGGGAGCUGAACGAAUCGCACGUCAGCGUUAGGAUAGUGCCGGAGAAAAAAGGACUCUUUCUGAAGCAUUCCGAGUAUGAGAUCAAGCUAAAGGGUAUCGAGAAAACGGUUCGGCGGCGGUACAAAGAUUUCGUCACGCUUCAUCGCUAUCUGGCAGUGAAGUAUCCAUAUCGACUCCUACCAGCACUACCACCAAAGCAGUUGAUGCUGGACUCGCUUCUCGAAGAACGCCGCCGAGGACUCCAAACAUGGCUCAUCGUCGUAUCGCUACACCCCGUACUGGGAAGCUCACCGAUCGUUAGCACCUUUCUGCGCGAUACCACCACCGACCAUCAGUACCGGUUGCGUGUGGCGUACGAGAAGCAAAUGGACGAAUUGGUACGACUGCGGCCCGACGCAACACUUCCCGAGGUGGAUAUGGACACGCUAGCUGAAUCGCGAACUCGUUUGCGCCGUGUGCAGCACAGCAUUGGCCGGCUGAAGCAGCUGUUCGAUCGACGGCUCUGUCAUUCCAAGUGUCAGCCAGCGGAAAGUGCCGAAAUUGAGGACAUUUUGCAGAGUCGCGAUUUGCGCGACACAUUCAACGAGGAUGGAACGCUCGAGGAUAUGGCGACGGGUGAGCGACUGGUGGCGAAACAGUACGAGCGGUACGUGCAGGUACAGCAGCGUGCCGUUUCGGAACGGUUGGAUGUGUUGCUUGAGGUGCUGCAUGCGCACAGUGAUCUAUGCGAAGGGAUCGAAAAAAGCAUAUUGGCGGAUCAGCAGCGUGCAGUGGCAAAGUCCAGCGCAGGAGUUGAUAGUUCUGGCAAUGUUCGCACAAAAACUAAAGCUCCUAGCAUUCAUCAAGGCAAUAUUACGACCCAACAUGACGCACCGACCACCGACCUAAAGCAUCUGGCUCGACGUUCUGCGUUCGCCUUCAGCUGUGCCCAGGCCGAAACGCUACUAGCGGAGCGGUAUCUACAAUCCUUGCCUUCGAUACUGCUGUCGUACGCGCACGAGGAGCAACAGCACCAUCAGAAGAUGUCGAAGAUAUGGCAUCGGUUAGUGGUUAGCGAGUCUAGCAGGCUCGACUAAUGGGUGAUGGCUCCAAACCCCUUUUCCGCUAAGCAUACAUAAACGCGCACAACGUUGUGAGAGGAGUAGUACAGGAAUUAGUGCUAAUAGGGCGUGUUGUUUUUAAAAAGAUUGCACACAUUAAUACAAAAUCUUGAAAUGUCCACCUCGAAAUUUGAAUUCAGUUUGCAAGUUUGAAUUAAUUUUUGGUAUACUUAGAAGGAGGAUUAAAGUUAUACGGGUAGAUAUAUGGCUUCUGUUUUAGGAAACUCUUCUGAAUAGAUAUGGUAAUAUGUAAUGAAAGCGGG